GUCCCAAAAUGGUUCUUCACUAUGGUGAUUUAACCGAUUCAACCAAUCUUGUACAUAUUGUUUCCCAAGUUCUCCCAACUGAAAUUUAUAAUUUGGGUGCACAAUCUCAUGUAAAGGUUUCUUUUGAUAUGGCCGAAUAUACAGUAAACGUUGAUGGAUUAGGUACUUUACGUUUAUUAGAUGCUAUCCGAACGUUAGUGGAAACGCCCCAAUCAGAAACCACUCCAUUUUAUCCUCGUUCCCCAUAUGGUGUCGCCAAAUUAUAUGCUUUCUGGAUAGUUGUUAAUUAUCGUGAAGCUUACGGUAUGUUUGCUUGUAACGGUGUUCUUUUUAAUCACGAAUCUCCUCGUCGUGGUCGUACAUUCGUUACUCGUAAGAUUUCGCGUGCCGUUGCCGAAAUUCAUUUAGGGAAACAAGAAUGUCUAUGGCUUGGUAAUAUUGAUGCUAAACGUGAUUGGGGUCAUGCUAGAGAUUAUAUCGAGGGUAUGUGGUUAAUGUUGCAACAAGAUCAACCUGAAGACUUUGUGCUUGCUACUGGAGAAACUCAUACUGUUAGAGAAUAUGUUGAGAAAGCAUUUGCUGUUGUAAACAAAAUUAUUGAGUGGGAAGGUGAAGGAGAAGAACUUAUCGGUCGUGAAAAGGGAACAGGAUUUAUUCGUGUACGUGUCGACGCAAAAUAUUUCCGUCCUACCGAAGUAGACCUUUUACUUGGUAAUCCUUCCAAAGCAAAGAAACUUCUUGGUUGGAAACGAAAAGUGGAUUUCGAUUCAUUAGUAAAAGAAAUGGUGUUAGCUGAUAUUGAAGGUGCAAAAAUGAAUUCAGAAAAUUAG